AUGGUAUUGUUUUCCUCUAUUGUGAAUAAUAUAUAUGAAAAUACUAAGAAAGUUAACGAAUGUUCAGAUAUUAAAACAGUUGAAGAAGAAUAUAUAGAAUGUGAGAUAAAUAAUAAAAAAAAAAAAUGGUCUGAAAAUAAAUUAAAAUAUGAGUUACAAAAUAUGAAUCAUGAUAUCAUUUGUAUAAAAAAAUAUAAAUAUUAUCCUUUUAAGAAAAAAUGUCAAAAUAAUUUUUCUUUUUUGAGGGAAAGAGAAAAAUAUUACACAUCAAAUGAAAAAAUAAAAAAAAGAAAUUACAAGAUAAUUUAUGAAAACUUAAAAAGUUCUCCACCUAUCCAAAUCGCUUUCUGCGGCAUACUAAUGACUAUACUUAUUGGUUUGUUAGAAUUGAAAAACAAAAAAUUUAAAAAUUCUUAA